CAAAUGAAUUCUUUCGCAAGGUUGAAUUUCAUUUCCCACUCAUACAUUCCGAUUCUUCCUAAUUACUUUUUUUAUCUUUGUAUCAAAACAAAAUUGAACUCGCCCAAUUUCCUUUAUUUUUUUAAAGAAAAUAAUUCCACAGGAAAUUGUAGUGGCUGAGGUUUCUCCUUUUACUCCUCCCCAAACUGUUGUUUCUGGUGUUUUAGGUCUCACCAGAAACGAGCCAGCUUUCAACUUCAGCUUUAUUUCUUCACUCUCUUAAAUAUUUUAUCCAUUAAAAAAACUGUUUUCAGAUGUCGAUUCCGAUCUCUUCAUUGCCGGAAAAUAUGAUUUCUCUAACAGGUCCUUGUUGAACUCUUUCUCUCAUGCGUGAUCGUUGCUUCCAGAAUUAUCGUCUUCCAUGGCUAUCUGUCAAGUUGAGCAGAGCUACAAAAGAAAAAGUGUUUGAUUCCCCCCCCCCCCAUGGCAACCAAAUAGAAGGUUUUGGCGUCUACGGGUUCGUUUUGGUGAGGAUUCUGAAUAAAGGAUUUUUCUUUUAAUCUUUCGGAGAAGCCGUUUCUUCUCUUUGUUACGCAGUAAAUAGCUAUCAUCAGGUUUUUUGGAGUUCAAAAUCGGCAUUGCUAUUUGUAGUUUUGGAUGUCGAAAUAAAUGAAAGGAGUUUCGCGAUUUACCCGUUUCUCGUUACAGAGGAUUUGAAGCAGCGGUAGAGCUCCCAGGUCCUGUAAAUGGACGCAUACUCCUCCGGAGAAGAACUUUUAAUUAAGACUAGGAAGCCUUAUACUAUUACAAAACAACGUGAACGGUGGACUGAGGAGGAGCAUAAUAGGUUCCUAGAGGCCUUGAAGCUCUAUGGACGAGCUUGGCAACGCAUUGAAGAACACAUAGGAACUAAGACUGCUGUGCAGAUCAGGAGUCAUGCUCAAAAAUUCUUCUCUAAGCUGGAGAAGGAAGCACUUACUAAGGGCAUUCCAACUGGUCAAGCUCUUGAUAUAGAAAUUCCACCUCCACGUCCUAAAAGAAAACCGAGAAACCCUUACCCUCGGAAAAUGAGUGCUGCUACCUCAGUGCAGAUGGGAGCAAAGGAUGGAAAAUCUGAAACUCCAGUAUCUUCUUUGCAUUGCAAACAGGCGUUCAACUUGGAGAAAGAACCUCUCCCAGAGAGACCUAGCAGAGAUGAAAAAUCUUCAAAUCUGAAAGAAAUUCUAGAUGAUAAUUGCUCUGAGGUUUUUACCCUUCUCCAUGAAGCAAACUGCUCCUCCAUGUCUUCUGUGAACAAGAAUUUUAUACCAACAUCAACAGUGCUUAGAAAUUCUUGCCCUCUUAGGGAGUUUGUACCUUCACUAAAGGAGACAAUUAAUAAAGAUACAAGUAAGCCUUCAAACUUGGAGAAUUCUUGCACUUCAUAUGAGAAACCAGCUCAAGUUCAGAGAAAAGAUGAUAUGGACGGUGCUACAUGUACAGAUGAGAUGCAAGCCACUCGUAAUAAUCCUCAACAUGUUGCUGUGCAUGUCCUAGAUGGAAGCCCAGGAACAUGUGCUCCAAAUCCUUCCAUGGAUAUAACUUUUCAGGAUUCUAUAUUUCACCCUAUGGGCGAUAUUCAUGGACAAGUUAACCUGUUUGCAAAUCCAGCGGCAUCUGCUACCACUGCACAUCAGAAUAAUGCACCAAGAUCAACUCAUCAGGCGUUUCCAACGUUUCAUACUCCCUUUAUGCAUCUUCAGCGCAAUCAAGAGGACUACCGAUCAUUUCUACAUGUCUCUUCCACAUUUUCCAGUCUCGUUGUAUCUACUUUAUUACAGAAUCCAGCAGCUCAUGCUGCAGCAAGCUUUGCGGCUACAUUUUGGCCAUAUGCAAAUGUUCAAAAUUCUGAUGAUUCUCCUGCUUGUGACCAGAAAGGUUUUCCUUCUAGACAAAUGAACUCUGCUACAAGUAUGGCUGCAAUUGCAGCUGCUACUGUAGCAGCUGCCACUGCUUGGUGGGCUGCGCAUGGACUGCUUUCCGUAUGUGCUCCUCUGCAGACUGGCUGUACUUGUGCUCCUGCAUCCACAGCUGCAGUAACUCCUAUGGAGAAUGGUGAAGCUCCGGCUGCAAAUAUGGAAAGAAAAAUGUAUGCUGGUCAAGAUCCAUCCAUGCAGGAUCAACGGUUGGACCCUCAAUAUGCUGAAGCUAUGCAAUGUCAACCAUCAGCAUCUAAAUCACCUACUUCAUCAUCAUCAGACCGUGAAGAGAGUGGUGAGGCAAAAGCAAAUACUGAAGUGAAAGCAACUGCAGCAACUGAGCCUCAAGAUCCAAAUAAAACAAAGAAUGGAAAACAAGUUGACCGAUCUUCAUGUGGUUCCAAUACACCUUCUUCUAGCGACGUGGAGAUAGAUGUAUUAGAAAAGAACAAGGAAGACAAGGAAGAUCCGAAGCCAGCUGAUGCAAAUCAUCCACAAGUUGAAUGUAGCAAUCGUCGUGGCAGAAGCAGUACCAACCUGAGUGAUUCUUGGAAGGAGGUAUCUGAAGGGGGCCGACUGGCUUUUCAGGCUCUCUUCUCUAGAGAAGUACUACCGCAAAGCUUUUCUCCUCCUCAUGACAGAAAGAAUAAAGAGCAGCAAAAGGAAAGUGUAGGUGAAGAUGAGCAAAAUCCAGAUCAGAAUAAUGGAGAGACAUCAAUUUUACACUUCUCCAGCGAGGCAUUCAGAUCUUGUUCUAACCAUCAAGGAGUUGAGAAAAAAGCGUUGUCAAAAGCUAAGAACAUUGUGGACAAGAGCUUGCUGACGAUUGGGCUAGGACAUGAAAAGCUUAAGGCCCGUCAAACAGGAUUUAAACCUUACAAAAGGUGUUCUGUGGAGGCCAAGGAAAGCAGAGUGAUGAACACAGGCAGUCAAGGUGAAGAGAAAGAUCCCAAGAGGAUACGCUUGGAAGGGGAAGCUCCGACUUGAAUUACGCAAUUGCAUGCAAUCAACAAAGGAAAAUUCUGUUUGCUGCUUGUGAUCUCUAAUAUUCCCCGUGUCUGAUUUACUACCAUGUUUAAUUUUAAGACUUGCAGCUCACGAGACCUUAUGUCUUAAGUGUGUGUACUAUAUGUCUAUAUUGGCUUAAUCACUUUCCUGGACAAUGCAAUUGUAGUUAAAAACUCCUUUGAAAUAGAUAAGAAGCUUUAAGUAUUGAAUGGCCCUUGCUUUGGGCUCUUUUCAGCAUAUA